AUGCCUCUCUCUCUUUCGAGUCGAGUGAGGGAGGAAUUGGCAAAGGAAACCUGCGAAAAGCUUUCAACCCAACAUCAAGCCAAGAAGAAGGCUAAAGCUAUUGAUAGAGACUUCUUUCUAUCCGUCCUUGGAUCCUCUGCAACCAAACGAGAAGCACGUUCUUACAUUCAAAACUUCAAGCCACCGAAUACUGCUCCUACAAAAUCGAAAAUUCAAGAAUCUACCCAACAAAAUUCAACUGAAAAUGGGGCCAACUUGGGAAGUAUUUAUACAGCCACAAGAGCUGUGGCAGAGAGUCCAAAGUUUGUACAACAACCGGUGCUACCAAAACCCGCACCAGAGGGACCGCUAUUACAUGUUGCCUUGGUCAAAAUUAGAGCUCCGCAGCUGCUAGAUGAUGAAACAUUGAGUGGGAUUGGGAAAACAUUAUCAAGAUUAAGCAGGCUUGGAUUAGUGAGUACUGUUGUGGUGGAUGGUGAUGAUGGAAGCGAUACUUUUUUGAGAAUUUCCAACUGCGAAUGGAGAAAUAUGGUUAAAGAGCAGGCAGCUCGUGUUGUGGCUGCCAUUGAUGCGUCGGGAACAGAAGCACGGCUCGUGGAUAAUGUGAUAGGAAUCGCAGAGGAUGGAUCUAAUUUCGAACAACGGCCUUAUUUGAAAGGUAGGGUACAUGUGACACUCCGGGAGCUAUUGAUGACACCUUUGAGACGAGGAGUACUUCCCAUUAUCCCUUCAAUAGGACAUACGGAUAUCACUCAGACUGUAGUAUCAGCUACAGCUAAUGAUGUUGUCUUGGCUCUCACUCGGGAAUUUGCAGGAAUAUGGUCUUCUGAAUCACCGGAUGAACAUCCUAAUGUUGUCAAGGAACGACUACAAGCCCUACGAAGUGAGGUUUCGCUUGAUCGUUUGAUCUUGGUUGAUCCUCUUGGCGGUAUCCCGGCGUCUGAUAGGAAAAAUGGGUACCAUGUUUUUUUGAACAUGGAACAAGAAUAUGAAUUGGCGAAGCAAGACCUUAUAAACCGAGGAGGAAUGCAUAGUGUAGCGCCUCAGAAACCAACACUACCUGAAGCAAGCGCGAAUUUCACCGUUGGCGAUCCAAUCCUCCUUUCCAGUUUUACCGAAAACAAACCUGGCGAGCUUGAUGAUUCGCCUCCGCCCCAAAAUGGGUCACCUGCAAAGCAUGAUCCAAGAAUGAAAUUUCAUUUAGAAAACUUGGAGUUAGUUCGGAGUACUCUAUCCCUCCUACCGCCCAGUUCUUCCGCUUUGAUAACUACACCUCAUGAAGCGGCGAAUUCGGAAAAACAACCAGAAUUUAAGGCCGCGGGAGUUGGCACACGACGACAACGAAAUCCACUGAUUCACAACCUACUUACAGACAAACCAGCUUUUUCUUCAUCACUUCCUGUUGGAAGAUUAGGACCAAUGGAUAAGAACGAACCAAUUUCCUCAUCAACAAAAUUUGCUCCAACCACUUUUGCGAAACAUGGCAUGCCAGUGACCAUUUUUCCAGAUCCAAAAACCACUCCUUGGCAACCACCUAUCGCUGGUGUCCCUCAGAUAAGCUUAACAGAUCCUCAAAUUGACCUUCCUCGUCUGGUACAUUUAAUUGAGGAUUCUUUCAAUAAAAAACUCGAUGUCCAGCAUUACCUACGACGUGUCAACAAUCGUAUAGCUGGAGUUAUCAUUGCUGGUGAAUAUGAAGGAGGGGCAUUGCUCACAUGGGAACUUCCACCUGGAGUUCCUGAUGGAAGUGAAGAAAGUCGAAAACGGAUGGUACCAUACCUGGAUAAAUUUGCUGUUCUAAAGAAAAGCCAAGGAUCCGGGGGUGUUGCGGAUGUCGUUUUUAAGUCUAUGGUUCGAGAUUGUUUCCCCGGUGGUGAUAAUCCAGUGAACAAGUGGUAUUUUGAGCGCAGUAGAGCUACCUUGAAGCUAUCUGAUACGAAUUGGACAAUGUUCUUCACGACACCUGAAGAGAAUAUGGAUCAUCAAACUUUUAAAGAUUAUGAAGCUGUGUGUAAGUUUUUUGGAAGAGAGAACGUUGGUGGGUAUUAUCAGCAGGGAAAGAGAGGAAUUUAUGUCCUCGAUAGUGAAUGA